AUGAAUGCGAUAUCUGAAGAUCUGAAACAAAACUUUCAAGAAAAUGCUACUACACAAGAUCUUUGGUCUGAACUUAAAGGGCGUUACGAAAGGAAUAAUGGACCAAGAAGAUAUGGAGUUAAGAAAGAAAUUAGCAGCAUCAAACAGGGUUCUCUAACCCUAGAAAAAUACUAUUCAAAAUUUAAAAUGUUAUGGCAGGAGCUUAGAGGACUUAAACCUUUAGCCUCUAGUAAGAGAGAACAACCAAGCUCAAAUGCUAUUGAGGUUGGACAACAAGUGAUUCUUGAUGAUGAAGAAGACAGACUGCUUGAGUUUUUGAUGGGUCUAAAUGAAAGUUAUGAACAUAUCAAAGACAACAUACUGAUUACAGAUCCAUUACCUAGCAUCCACAAAGUUUUCACGAUCCUUUUAAAUGUGGAAAUCAAAAGGGAGGUAGACAUGGAGCGCACUGAAAACUUCAAUGUUAUGUUCACAAAAGACAGUCAUGGGUACAAAGAACAAAACAUUCGGAAGACUACUGCUUCUGAAGAGAGAUCUUCUUUUGUUAAACAAAAAAAUGGAACUGAUAAAGGUAAGAAUCCCUACAAAAAUGCAACAUGUCAACACUAUAACAUGCAAGGUCAUGUUAAAGAAAGUUUUUUCAAGAUAAUAGGAUACCCUGAGUGGUACAAGCAACCAGAGGAUCAAAGGAGGAAAAACUUUGUUAAUGCAACUGCCUCCAAUCCACUUGAUGCCAAUAGUAGUCCAGAAAACGCAUCAGAUUUGGAUUUCAAACUUUUCAAAGCCUUCAUGAAGAACAUGAAAGAUUUAAAAGGAAAUGAAGGAAAUAACUCCAACUUCAACUCAGGACCUUAA